GGAACGGAAGAUGGUGCUAUUUAGGAGAGUAUAAGUAUUUGCUUAUGUGUUUGUAUGCGCCCGGCCAUAUUCGAGAAACAAGCUGACGGCGCACUUGUGAUCCCGCCGUUCCACUGCUGCUGAGCCAUGCCGUGCCAUCGAACGAUCCGAGCGAACCUUCUACCAGCCAGCAAUCCAUGGGAGAGCGUAGCAGCAACAGUGGCAGAGCAGAGGAAAAGUUUUGGCCUCGCUUUCAGUUUAGCGUCGUCCCCGCUUCAGUUCGUGAGUGUUUGGUUUGUGUGUCCGCUGGAAGAAGCACACGCUUCACAUGCCUCUAUAGCAGGCUUAUAACAAGAAGAAAGGUCAUGUUGCUGUGACCCCGGCACUGUCGUCACCACUGCCGCUAAUACACUAAACUUAGGAAAGCGCGAAAUCAAUCACGCCGUUGCAGUGUGCGCUUCCGGGUAGUUAUUUAGUUCGUCGAUAGAGCAUCCGGAAAUUAUAGAAAGCGUUCCAGGCACUGGCGAAUACCAGCCAAGCCUCGGCAAUUCCAAAGAAAAGUGCAAUCUCUUCUGGAUGUGGAGCGCAACGAUGCAUACAGAACAUCGCACACACAUGUGCGGCUUAGUUGUUCGUUAUGUCUCAGUGCAAAAACUGAUAUGAUAAGCGUAAUACGAAACUUUUAUUGCGAAGUGAACGAUGUGUUGUUUUAUUAUAAACUUGCUUAUUCUGGUUUAAAUUCAAGCUGAGAACUCGAAAUUGGACUGGCCACUGUCCUUUGUGGGUUCGCGAGUUGAUUUGCGAAUCCAUUUUCUUGCUGCAUUAAAUGGAACUUUUAAAUGUGUAGUGGAACGACGUCGAUGACCUCUGCGGGAUAGGGGCGGUUAGGUUGGUGUCCCCGUGUACUCGAAAAAAAAAAGAAUAGAUUCUAUACAGUACUGGAACGCAGUUUGUAUUGAAAAUCGGAUUCUAAUUGCCAAGCUUGAUGCGCACCAACGUUAGCUCGAGAACAGUUCGUUGUGUUAGUUUACGCAUGCGCACGCGCGGAAUUUUCUGAUUCUGGUACGAUUAUUAGUGCUUAGAAGCUGAACAAAACGCACGCGCACGAUAUCUCCCAUGUGUGGUUGCUGAAAGAUUGUCAACUCACACCAAAUCACGCGGCUGGAGUACAAUAAGUGUUCAUGAGGCUACUUUAGUGUAAUUUCCUUCUACUCCCAACGAUAAUCAACGUAUUGCUCUGUAAUCUGUGUCGUGUCUGCUGCUAAAACUAUCAAAUCAGUUCGUCGCUGUGGCGCGUGUGCACACAUGUAUGGCAGUAACGUAUCAGAACAAAGAGACCAAUUCUAUACGGGCUAUACUACCCUAAGUCCAGUUGUCUACACGAUCAUCUUGUGACGGAGACGACCGAUGUCGUCUAGUUUAAAGUAACGUGAAACUCAGCGACUUGAAAAUAGAAACGUUUCAAUCAACCAGGCUCACCACAUACAAGUGUUUAUAUUUGAUUUGACACUUGUUGAUCGUUCCGCUGAAAAACGUUGAUAAUUUCGUUCCGCUUGCCUUGGAGAACAGACGCUUUUAUCAAAGGAAAUUGACUCGGUACGCUGGUGUAUUGAAUUAAACGAAGCCAAUUGUGUUUGCUUCUGCAAAUGAAAAAGAAACUUACUAUUGAGCGUCUCUGAACAAAAGCAACGAACUUUUUGAAACACUUAACUACCGAUUGGAAAGAAGAAUACAAAUAAAAAGGAAACUCCGACCAAGACACCGGUCCGUAAGAAAACGAAGCCAUGGACCACAAAAUUGUAUGGUCAUCACCAAGGAUGGUGGCAGGAAUGCUGGAAACGGUCAGCUUUAAUAACACCCCAAGAAGGAAGAAAAAGAGCAAUUGCCGUCAUCAUCAUCACCGUCGACAGUCAUUAUCAUCAAUCAUGGUUCGGCUGUUUUUGUCAUCAUCAUCAUCAUCACCAACUUUGAGCUGAUCAAUCAUCAUCACUGAAUCUGAUGAUUCGACGUCAUGAACCACCACUCUCUUGUGCUCAUACAAAAGAAGCCGAGAGAUCCAAAAUGCUGUUAAGGAUUCAGCAAGAUACCUGAACGAGGAAGCACGAAGGAAAAAAAUCCGGUCACCAUAAUCAUCACCACUACCACCAUACCAUGUCAGUGAGGCUAAUGUCGAGACCUGGAACCGGGUUUUGUUUUUUUUUCGGCUAUGAAGAAGAUACAGCAAAAAAAACAAAACCCAAGCAACAAGAAGGCCAAAAAACCCGUUUCAAGACUACACGCCCAAACGCCGGAUCGGAACAAAGCCCAAUUUUCCCCCGCCAGCUAUUCACCCAUCUCCUCAACGAAGAAGCUCGAUCCCGAUGGACCGAACAAUUCGGGCAACGUAGUGUACACCUUUGGCAAUGCUCAACUGCUCAAGCAAACCAGCUGGUCGAGCAGCUCCGUCGAUGGCCAAAGCCGAUCUACACUGCAGAUAGAGAUUCCGCUGUUCCGGGGUGAGCAACAGCCGAAGGCGGAAGACGAUGGAGGGCCCGUUUUUAUGGGCGAUGACUGCAAGUACAUGUUCGACUCCAGCUACGAUCGGGUGCUUAUCUUGGGUGACCAGAUAUACGAAGGAGGGCGAGAAAUUUGCAACCGCUUGGCCGAGGCUAAACGACAGGAAGUACUAAGUCAAACACAAACGGCAGCCGACGGGGAAAGUGGUGCUACUGAAGUUGCUGCAGAUACAGAGAAAGAAUUGAUACUAAUGGAUGAUCGGGAAGCCAGCAUGAUUGAACGGGUAGCCAUCCACCAUGUUGAUUAUCCCAGCACAGAUGUGAUAAAUGUGAUGGGCAGAAUAGUAGUUCAUCCAGAAAGGAAGGACGACCGUUUGGCAAUUGUCGAUUUUGACGAAAUGACACUUCGUUACACCAAGUUAGAUUUCAACCGAAUGAAAACGUGGUCAAUAUAUCCGGGUCAGACGGUUGUUCUGGAAGGAGUCAAUCCACGGGGAAAUGCCUUCGAAGUACGAAAAAUUCAUUCGGAACGAAAGCUAGAGCUUCCAUCAGCCCCAGUGAGUCUUACCAAGGAACUCAAUCUGGUGAUUGCAUCCGCACCUUUCACAGACAAAGACGAUCUUUUGUACGAAAAGUUGUCCGAUUUGCUGGCAUACUGCAGCAAUAACUGUCCCGAUGUUCUGGUUCUGACGGGUCCAUUUGGAAGCAGCAACUCUACCCUACUGACUUCCAUUGCUGAACCGUUUGAAGAAUACUUUGAAAAAAUUAUAACCAACAUCAUGAACUCGGUCAGUCCAAGCACAGAGGUACUGGUGGUAGCUAAUCAUGAUGAUAUCAUGUCCAUGUUUGUCUAUCCGUCGUUCCCGUACAAAAUCAGCAAGUACUUCAAGAAUCUUCACUUCCUGCCGGACCCCUGCGUGGUGUCAAUCAACGGGGUGGAGAUCGGAGUUACCACCGUCGAUAUCAUCAAAGAUCUUGCCGAGGCAGAAGUCAGCGGGAAUCCGUUUGGUGAAAAAAUUAAACGACUGUUCAACUAUGUGUUCCACAGUAAAACGUUCUAUCCACUGAACCCUCCCCCGGAGAGCGUCCCGCUGGAUGUGGAUCUACUGAAUGAGUUCGGAAGGCUGUCCAAAGUUCCGAAUAUGAUGAUCUGUCCGGGCGAUAUGAAGUGCUACGUUCGGGACGUGAAUGGGUGUAUUUGUAUCAAUCCCGGGCGGCUUUCCGAUCACGACAGCGGAGAAGGUACCUUUGCCCGUGUAGUGAUUCACCCACCUGAAUCCGCAACGGCUGUGCCGUUCAACUACGUGGUCUGUCAGGUGGUGAAGUCGUAACACGACACAGCGUGAUGUGAUGCUGCUCCUUCUAGUGAAUAAAUUAAACUCGUAUGAAA